CCGUGCACGCUUCUUCCUCGCGCCGCGCCGCCGCCGCCGCCAGCAACCCCCGUACUCCUUCGGGUCUCUCUAGUCUCUCCAUCAAGACCAAAUCGAAUUCACCCCAUAAUUCUCCGUUAAUCCUGAAGCUGUAGUUCGGCGGUGGACCAGGAGCAUGGCCUUAUCGUGCGCGAGCGUUCGCCUGCACGGCCGCGUCGGCGCUUUCAAAUGCCGGGCCGCUCUGGCUACGUCGAGCGGCUUUUCGUUCCCGGGUGCACGGAGGUGGACUGCUAGGGGAAUCCACUGCCAGUUUCCACCGCGGGCCAGUGCGGAUGGCGUUGACGCCACCACCUCCGGUGCAGAUGUUGUUGUGCCUGAAGCGGGCGAAUUCGCUGGUUCCGCCAAGGAGGUCGCCGCGGUUAUCCAACCGACUGUGUUUCAACAUAAGGGCGGGGAGGUUUCUGAUAUAUUUGGAUCCGGUGGGAAUGGUAAGUUCCCGCCUGGCAGCGGCGGUGGAGAUGGGGAUAAUGGCACCGGUGGCGGUGGUGCUGAUGGCGACAGUGAAGGGGAUGAUGAGUUUGGGCCGAUCCUUAGCUUUGAACAGGUGGUCCAGGAGGUCGAGAAGCGAGGGGUUAGCUUCCCGAGCUUGCCAGCCGAUAUGAUCGAGGCUGCGAAGAAUGUUGGGAUUCAGAAGCUGCUGCUGCUGAGAUACUUGGACAUGCAGGCCUCCGCUUGGCCCCUGGGUCCUGCUGUUAGAUCCUGCGGGCUUCUCCGGAAUAGGAUGCUGGUUGAUCCUGCAUUCCUCUUCAAAAUUGGGACGGAGAUAGUUAUUGACACAUGUUGCGCUACUUUUGCGGAGGUUCAGAAGAGAGGCGAUGAGUUUUGGUCAGAAUUUGAACUGUAUGCAGCAGAUAUGUUGGUAGGCGUAGUUGUUAAUGUAGCUUUAGUCGGCAUGUUGGCACCAUAUGCUCGGUUCCGUGGAGGGUCUACAUCAGCAGGCCUUCUUGGGCGUGUUAGGCAUGCUUAUGACGCUCUCCCGAGCAGUGUUUUUGAAGCUGAAAGGACAGGAUAUAGUUUUUCCGUUCAACAACGGAUAGGGUCAUACUUUUUCAAGGGGUUUUUAUAUGGCGCAGUUGGAUUUUCUUGUGGUCUUGUGGGCCAAGGCAUUGCAAACUUGAUAAUGACUGCAAAACGGAGUGUAAAGAAGUCUGAGCAUGAUGUACCUGUUCCACCCCUUCUGAAAACUUCUGCUUUGUGGGGUGUGUUCCUUGGUGUCUCAUCCAACACGCGUUAUCAGGUUAUUAAUGCACUUGAGCGCUUGGUUGAGGCUUCACCUCUUGGCAAGCGUGUCCCAGCUGCUUCUUUGGCAUUCACUGUUGGUGUGCGCUUUGCAAAUAAUGUCUAUGGAGGAAUGCAGUUUGUGGACUGGGCCAGGAUGAGUGGCUGUCAAUGAGGUGCGUAGUGUCUGUAUUAUUCAUGCUUGACGGCAGGGCUCCAAAAAUAAGCGUGAGGGCGCCCCGGAGAUCGACUGGAGUGUUGAUAUAUUCUGGUUAUGGUAGGCUGCUAGAAAGUACUCCCUUCCGAAAUGCAUCGAGAUGUAUUAGGCAUAGUCAAAUAAUGGAACUUGGAGCUUGUCCAAGUGCUCAGUGAUGCAUGCUGUGAUUUGUAGCUCGAGCAAUCAGAAGCAUUGAAUCUGUUCUUCCUGUCCAACAUUUAACCAUUUUGAUUUUAAUUUUGGUAGUUGAAAAUGAUGGUUAUGCUGCA